AUGGAGGAACAGACUGGACCAGACUCAUCAUCCUGCCCAGCGUUGAAGCUGCAGGCAACCUCCUUUUCGGGGUAUACAGCCACGACUUUGUCGCCCGCUUUUCGUUUGGACGAAGGCUAUUCGGAUGACACAAGGAGCCCAGCCGAUAAGGAUUUACCGGUAGAAGGUUCUAUGUCGCUUCCAGAAUGGGUCCUGGCCCAAAGUGAAGCGGAUCGAGCAGCCUUGGCGUAUACCAUUCUCCGUUCGCUUCCAACUGCGACUCUCGCCGGCAUUGUCGAGCAUCUGACGCCCCUUCUUCACAUGGACCCGGUGGUCAAACUUCCCCCCGAACUCACUUUCCAAAUAUUUUCAUAUCUCGAACCCCGUCAGCUCCUGACCGCAUCGCUGGCAUCUCGCUCGUGGCGCAGUCGCAUUUUGGACUCGGGACUAUGGCGCGUUCUCUAUAUCAACGAGGGGUGGCGCGUAGACGUGCGUGCCAUUCGCAACUUCGAACAGGAGCAAUCGGAAGCGCUGUCGCCGCAGACCCGCCGUGCACGGCCACAAUGCUCGGACCCUGAUCUGAGCGAGCCCAAACAAAAGAAGCGCGUUCCGAUGUCAUGGUAUGAUACGCGCACUGCGGAUGAUACUUUGUCCUCCAACGGCAAGGCCGAGCCGGAUGAUGAAGGCGAUCAUCACAUGGUUGAUGCGAGCGAGCGAACGACCCAGCUUGCGAGAGAGAGACCCCGGCUGGAAUCCCCAACGCCUGCUCUCAACUCCGCCUCGCUUCUUCAACCCCCUCUGCGGUCGUCGCUUGUGGUGCGUAUGCCCAAUGGCUCUGCCAGAAUCAAUUGGAUGCACCUCUACAAGCAGCGCCGGCGGUUGGAAGCAAACUGGCACCAUGGUCGAUUCACAAACUUCCAACUUCCCCACCCCUCCCAUCCGGAAGACGCCCACCAGGAGUGCGUUUAUGCCAUUCAGUUCGAGGGAAAGUGGCUUGUCAGCGGUAGCAGAGACAGAACCGUCCGGGUGUGGGACUUGGAGACCAAACGAUUGUGGUAUCGUCCUUUGGUUGGCCAUGCAAAGUCAGUUUUGUGCUUGCAAUUUGACCCGAGCCCAGAGGAGGACAUCAUCAUAUCAGGCAGUAGCGACAGAAGUGUCAUCAUGUGGAGAUUUUCGACGGGACAGAGGAUCCACCACAUUGCGAAUGCCCAUGCCGACUCUGUGCUGAACCUCAAAUUUGACCACCGAUUCCUCGUGACAUGCUCGAAAGACCGGACUGUCAAAGUUUGGAAUCGACAUGACCUCCUCCCUACCCAUGAGGAUUACCCUCGCUUUUUCAAAGGCGGUGCAGCCAGCUACCCGUCCUACAUCAUCGAUCUCAAUGAAAAUGCCCCCAGUCUCCUUGAAGCUAGUAUCGCCAAUGGGCAAAUUAAAGCUCUCAAGGCAUACUCGCUACUUAUGACGGUAGAAGGCCAUGGGGCUGCUGUCAAUGCCAUGCAACUUGACGGCGAUGAAAUCGUGACCGCGUCGGGAGACCGUAUGAUCAAAGUCUGGAACAUUCGCAACGGUACCUGCGUGAAGACCCUGAUGGGCCACGAAAAGGGCAUUGCCUGUGUCCAAUCUGACAGCCGCCGUAUCAUCAGUGGCAGUAACGACAAUACUGUGCGUAUCUAUGACCAUAUCUCGGGAGCCGAAGUGGCUUGCUUACGUGGACACAACAAUCUCGUCCGCACUGUACAGGCGGGAUUUGGCGAUCCGCCAGGUGCAGACGAAGCCUUGCGACUGGAAGCACUGGAGGUUGACACGGCCUUCUGGAGAGCACAACAGGAAGGGGUCCCUGUUGACCUUGGCCCAGGCGUCUCGCGCCGUGCGGGCUACACCUCCAAUACGGCCGGGUCGCGAAACCCCCGUGAUAUCCGAGCCAUCGGGGCCAAAAUUCCUCCGGGUGGUGGAGGCAGCAUGUGGGGGCGCAUUGUCUCCGGCUCCUACGAUCAAUCUAUCCUGAUCUGGCACAAGGAUCGGGAUGGGGCAUGGUCAAUUGGGCACAGAUUGCUGCAGUCGGAUGCCGCAGCUAAUGCGGCUCGUGGGACACUAAGCGCCGCCGCACGGGCUGCCAUUCAGACUCAGGUUCGACAUUUACAGGCUGCUCAGGCGCCGGGCCCGGCAACUCCAGCAGCUCAGAAUGCCACGGCGGACCAGCGAUCGAGUCAUUCCACAGAACUUCAACCCCAAGGGAACACACCGGGAAGUCAAGAGGGGAAUGCCGCUGCUGUUGCUGGCCCGUCGACGAUGCCCGGUUCAGCAAAUGGCACCGAUCCCACUUCGAUCAAUGGGUCAGCUCAAAUAUUGCAGCAACCCCCUUCAGCUUCUCCAAUUCCCCCAGCAACACCGGCAACGGUGACACCAGCGGCUGCGGCCGCUAUCGCCGCCGUCGCCAUACCCGGUAAUCCACCGCAAAUGGCCCCUGCUCGCCAGAUUCAUCAACUUCACCGCAAUCGUGCGCCAGCCCCGACAUCCCGAGUCUUCAAGGUUCAGUUUGACUCGCGCAAAAUAGUCUGCGCAAGCGUUGAUCCCCGUAUAGUUGGCUGGGACUUUGCCUGUGGCGACGAAGAAAUUCUGGAGGCAUGUCGUUUCUUCCAAGGACUUUAA